AUGGACGAGCCCCAGAAGAAACUCAGCCAGCGGCACGAGGGACGGCCCCGCAAGGUGAGGUUCAAGAUAUCCUCGGCGUACAGCGGGCGGGUGCUGAAGCAGGUCUAUGAGGACGGGCAGGAGCUCGAGCCCCCGGCCAAGGAGCACUCGCGGCGCUUCCUGCGCCACGGCUUCGAGCCAGGGGAGCACCUCUGCGGGCCCGGCGAGCUGCCCGAGAACAGGUUCUGCUGGCCCACGGCCCUGACCGCCCGCAGGAUCAGCGUACUGCGAGAGGAUCACACACACGGGCUCACGGGGAGCGCGCCCCUGCUCAGCGACUGCCGGCCCGGCGCCGGCCUCUGCAGGACUUCUCCAGUUGUAGAUUUUGGCAAGAUCAUCAUCUACACCAAUAACCUGAAAAUCAUCCGUGCACCGAUGGACCAGAAAGAGCUCAUGAGAAGAAUUGUCCAGACUGAGGGGAUAAAUGACUGGACGUUCAUGUACCGGGAGAAUAAAGAACAAUUUAGUGGUGGCCAUAAAAAAGAUGUGGAGAAUAAGGUCACUUACAACCAGUACAUGCAGGAGGGCCAUGCUGAGCACGGCUGUUCCCAGUGCAAAGGCUCCGGCUGUGCUCCCUGCUCACUGUGCCACGGCAGCAAGUUCUCGAUGCUGGCAAACAGAUUCCGGGAGUCCUACCGGGCGCUGCGGUGUCCGGCGUGCGACGAGAGCGGGCUGCAGCCGUGCCGGGUGUGCGCUGCCUGA